AUGCGGAAGGCCUGCACCAAGGGCCCACGUGCCACUGUCCGUGCCAGUGAGGAUGGCCGCAGCGGCCACUCCAGCGUUUUAGAGGAACAGCAGCCCUAGGACUUGCAGAGCAGCCUCAAGCACUGCACCCUCCACCUCUCAGAGCAGCUGCGAGAGGAGAAGGCUGGUUGGGAUGAAAACACCGUGGACAACCUCAAGCUCAUAUCCAGAGCCGACCAGCAUCAGGUGGACCUUGAGAAGGUGAACCAGUGCACCUUUGCCACCAUCGCUCACAUUGAGCGCUGCCUCUGUCGGACCACUCUGUGUGUGUAUGGGACCAAGACCCCGGACAGGGGUGCGGCUCGCCUGGCGGGACGGCAGAUGCUGAAGAAGAUGGAGGAUGAACUGAAGGAGGUCAGAAAGCUGCACUUUGACCUGCAGGCAUCCUACCAAAGCCUGUCAGACCUAUACCUGUCACUGAAGAUCCAGGAGGCCGAGGCUUUGCAGAACCACAUCAGCAAACUGCAAAGCUAG